CAUAACACGAUAGGUAUAAAAUAUUUAUUUAAAUAGUAGCUAAACAGAUUAUAAUAGAUUCGCUUGUCAAUCCGCUAUACGAUACAUUUCAAGUCGUAACAUAUAUGGAUCAACUCAUUUUUUAAAUAAAUUCGUUAAGAUUCAAUUCUAAUUUUAUGUCUUAAAAGGGAAUUGGAUUCGAUGUGAUACAACUCAUUUUGACGGCCAAAAAAUAAUAUUUCUGAAUAAAAGAGAUGUUUCAAAUGGAUUUUUAAAAUAAUAAAAAUGGGAGUAUAAGAAUGAAUGUAAGACAGACAAUCUAUUUCAUUUCUUUAACAAGUACAUGUUGUUUCAAGGUUUGAAAGUAAUUGGAUUUGGUCCUUUUAGUUGAGGUGAGGUUAGAUUCACAAUCCAUGUCUGUGUGUAGUGAACAAUAACUGCUAGCUGUAACCAGGAAAAAAAAAAAAUAAAGAAAAGAGAAAUUUUAAAGAAACAAUAAUAAUAACUGCUAGCACACUUAUUAUAUCUCUUUCUUUCCUCUGCAAAAAAACGUCCUUCCUUCCUCGGCCUUGACAAGAAAACACUGAAUUGAUAGAUAGAACCAUCAGAAUCAUCACUGCCAUUCUCUCACUCACACCAAAAAUAAAGAAAGAAAAGAAAACCAAAUGGAAAAGUGAAAGAAAGUAAAUUGAAAUGUUGGGUAGCCCUUUUCCUAUAUAAAGAAUUGUCCCCCAACUUCAACAAACCAAAUUUCAAAACCAAGCAAUCAAAGAUUCAUAGACACAGCCAAUUAACCACACACACUCUCAUGAGUUUUAGUAGCCAAGAAGCAGCUUGUCCUCCAAUAAGCCUGCCCUUUUCUUUUCUAUUUUCUUGUCCUUUACCACAGCUUCCCUCUCUCUCUCCAUAUAUAUCCAUUGAAAGAGUAAAAUAGAAACCUAACCAGGUGAUUGCUGGUAGUCUUGUGCAGCUUACCAUACCAAAAACAACCUUUUUAUUUCCCCAAUAACAUGGCCUCUUAAAGCCUGCUUGAGAUUUCCAUUUUAGUUUCUUUCCAUUCCCAAACUCUCAUACCAAACCUAAUGCACAGCUUUCUUUCUUAAUGAAAGAGUAGCCAGCAAUCACAGCAGCUCAACCUUUUUUUUUUCUUAUUGAUAUUAAGCAAAAUCCCAGAUAUUAAAUCAAGAAAAACAAAACAAACAGCUUCUCUUUCACAUGGAGGCUUUUAGUGCUGCAAUUCCCAUACCUUUUGCCUACACUUUUGCUACAAGUAGUAGUAACCCUUGCGCUCCCGAUAGUAUUUCCAAUUCUUGGAUGGACAGCAGGAUAUGGAGCAAACUACCACAAAGAUUUCUUGAUCGUGUGAUUGCUUUUCUUCCACCUCCAGCCUUUUUUCGGGCUCGAUGUGUAUGCAAGAGAUGGUAUGCUCUCUUGUUUUCAAACAGCUUUCUUGAACUCUAUAUCCAAAUAUCACCACGUCGCCACUGGUUCUUAUUCUUCAAGCAUAAAAGCCUUAAGAGCCACAUCUAUAGAAACAACAACAACAGUUCCACUGCUGCUGGCAAUUGCCAAAGUAGAACCAAUUUUGAAGGGUACCUCUUUGACCCUUAUGAGAUUGCAUGGUAUCGAAUUUCCUUUGCUCUGAUCCCAAAUGGGUUCUCUCCUGCUGCUUCUUCUGGUGGCUUAAUAUGUUGGGUCUCAGAUGAAGCUGGGACAAAGAGUCUGAUUCUGUGUAACCCACUUGUUGGCUCUUUAUCUCAGCUGCCACCCACAUUAAGACCACGUCUCUUCCCUUCAAUCGGCUUAACUGUUGGCUUAUCCUCCAUUGACGUAACUGUUGCUGGAGAUGACUUGAUUUCUCCAUACGCAGUCAAGAAUCUGUCUACUGAAAGCUUUCAUAUUGAUGCCGGUGGGUUUUACUCUCUGUGGGGCACUAUUUCUUCUCUACCAAGGCUCUGUAGCCUUGAAUCAGGUGAAAUGAUUUUCGCUGGUGACAAAUUCUACUGUAUGAAUUAUAGUCCAUUCAGUGUUUUGGCUUAUGAUAUAACAGCAAACAAUUGGCUUAAGAUUCAAGCUCCAAUGCGAAGAUUCCUACGCUCGCCAAGCUUGGUUGAGAGUAGAGGGAAGCUGAUUCUUGUAGCAGCAGUUGAGAAAAGUAAGCUCAAUGUGCCAAAAAGCUUGAGACUUUGGAGCCUGCAAUCUUGUGGGACAACAUGGGUAGAGAUAGAAAGGAUGCCUCAGCAACUUUACAUUCAGUUCUCAGAACUUGAAGCUGGUCGUGGGUUUAAUUGUGUUGGACAUGGUGAGUUCAUCGCAAUAAUGAUCAGAGGAUCAGAUAAAUCUUUGCUGUUUGAUAUCUGCAGGAAAAGGUGGCAGUGGAUUCCUCCAUGCCCUUAUGUUCAUGGAGGAAUAAGCAGUGGAGAUAAUGGUGAAUUGCAUGGUUUUGCUUAUGAGCCUAGAUUGGCUGUUCCAGUUACAGCAUUUCUUGAUCAGUUGACACUUCCCUUUCAGUCCUUUAAUGGCUAGUAGUAGUAUAGGUCUCAGUUUGGCCAUGGUUGGUUUAGCAUUUCUAAAAUCAAGGCAGUAAUGAUGUGAUUAUCAUGUAGUAUGCUCAUGUGGUAAU